GAUCCUCCUAGCUGAUGCUCUCGGCCGCGCUUCGCCACCCUCAGGGUGCGCGCGCAGCAGUGGCGGCAGUUCGAUUGCUCCCGUGCGCGGUCCCGCUCCCUGCCCGCGUUCCCUCGGCAACCAAGCAGGCCUUGGGGAUCCACCGCCAUGGACGAGCCGCCUGGUCUGGAGUCUCGCAGGGCUCGCGGCUGCCUGGGUGCGGCCGGGCCGAAGACCUCGGGUCGCACGGCGGGGGCGCCGGCGGCGGCCUGGACGCGCUUCUCCGCCUGGUUGGAGUGCGUGUGCGUGGUCACCUUCGACCUGGAGCUGGGCCAGGCUCUGGAGCUGGUAUACCCAAGCGGCUUCCAGCUCACAGACAAGGAGGCUGCCUCGGGGACACUCAGUUCAGCUUCCGCAUGCGUCAGUGUGGAGGGCAGAGGAGCCCAUGGCAUGCCGAUGACAGGCAGUACAACAGUGAGGCCCCUGUUUCACUGCAGAGGGAGCCAGCACACUACUUUGGCUACGUGUACUUCAGGCAGGUGAAAGACAACUCUGUGAAGAGGGGUUACUUCCAGAAGUCUCUGGUGCUGGUGUCCCGUCUGCCCUUUGUCCGACUCUUCCAGGCACUGCUGAGCCUGAUGGCCCCCGAGUACUUUGACAAGCUGGUGCCCUGCCUGGAAGCUGUUUGCAAUGAGAUUGACCAGUGGCCGGCCCCUGUGCCUGGACGGACCCUGAACCUACCUGUCAUGGGAGUUGUCAUCCAGGUGAGGGCCAGGUGGCUAGGGAGUGAGUGCUGCAGGUACACUGAGAUACCCCCUGCCUCUGGCAGCUGCUCCCUUCCUCCCCAGGUGCGCAUUCCAUCCAGGGUGGACAAGCCUGACUCCAGUCCUCCCCAACAGCUUGACCAGGAGAUGCAUUACCAGGAGAACCUGCUGCCAGCCCCAGUGGUCCUCACUAGUGUCUAUGAGCUAGACCUGUUCAGGUGCUUCCGGCCUGUGCUGACCCAUGUACAGACGUUGUGGGAGCUUAUGCUCCUCGGAGAGCCCCUCGUGGUCUUGGCACCCUCGCCCGAUGUGUCCUCAGAGAUGGUGCUGGCCCUGACAAGCUGUCUGCAGCCCCUAAAGUUCUGCUGCGACUUCCGUCCCUACUUUACCAUCCACGACAGCGAGUUCAAGGAGUUCACAACACGCACACAAGCCCCACCAAAUGUGGUCCUGGGAGUCACAAACCCUUUCUUUAUCAAAACACUUCAGCAUUGGCCCCACAUCCUCCGGGUUGGGGAGCCCAAGAUGUCAGGGGACCUUCCUAAGCAGGUCAAACUGAAAAAGCCUUCAAGGUUGAAGACCCUUGACACCAAGCCAGGCCUCUACACCUCUUACACAGCCCACCUCCACCGGGACAAGGCUCUACUUAAACGGCUAUUCAAGGGUGUGCAGAAGAAGCGGUCUUCAGAUGCACAGAGUGUGCUGCUGAGGCGGUACCUUCUGGAGCUCACACAUAGCUUCAUCAUCCCCCUGGAGCACUACAUGGCCAGCCUCAUGCCCCUGCAGAAGAGCAUCUCACCCUGGAAGACCCCCCCCCAGAUCCGCCCCUUCAGCCAGGACGACUUCCUACGCAGCCUGGAGCAUGCAGGGCCCCAGCUCACCUGCAUCCUCAAGGGCGACUGGCUGGGCCUCUACAGGCAGUUUUUCAAGUCCCCUCAUUUUGAUGGCUGGUACCGGCAGCGGCAUAGAGACAUGACCCAGAAGCUAGAGGCACUGCACCUUGAGGCUAUUUGUGAGGCGAACAUUGAGAGCUGGAUGAGGGACAAGUCCGAGGUAGAGGUCGUGGACCUGGUCCUGAAACUUCGGGAGAAACUGGUGCGUGCACAGAGCCACCAGCUCCCUGUGAAAGAGGCGACACUGCAGCAGGCUCAGCUGUACAUAGAGAUGGUCAUCCGCUCCCUGCCCAAGGACCUGCAGGCCGUCCUAUGCCCUCCCUAGGACAGGGCUGAGGGAUGGGAGGGAUAUCUUGCCCGUGGUCAUUGACAUGAGAGGAAGAGAAGCUGCUCUGCACUGGGAGGGACUCUGCCUACCACCCAUGCUGCCCCUCUGGGCCCUCUGCUUGCCCAGGGCUGUGGUUUGUUGGGGGUGGGGGGUGGGCAGGGGCAAUGUGGGUCCAGCACCCCUGUUGGCCCUUGGAGCGUCCACAGCAUUGUCUUGAUUCCCACUCCCAAGACACCCCACCUGGCACCAACCCCAUAGAUCCCACCCUGGGUCUGGACAGGCUCUCUAGUGAUCCUCUUGUUCUAUCCACUCACCUGCAGCCUGAUCCUGGCUCCAGGAGUCUCAAGAUGCUGCUAAGUUCCUUAGUGAGAGAUGAGAGUCCCUAAAAGGUGCUGCAUCUAGAUCAUAUGCUCCCCCUUGUGUGACACCUCCAAGCAUUAAACCUAGCAAGGUAGAGAGCUAUCAUCACUCAGCAUAUGGUGACAGCAUUGUCAGGGCCUAUGGGAGGAUAGACAUUCAGGUGUGGACCCAGAGCUGCAGCCAGGCACCAGCACAGCAUCACCCACCGUAUGCCUGUGGGUAAAGUUGGCCACUCAGACUCUCAGAUUCCUCAUCUGAAAGAACAGGCCCAUGUGGAUGCCUGGCAGGACAGCUGCUGGGAGGGCCAUGGAGACUGGGCUCUCCAAGUCCUGGGUAGGGUGCUGCCCAUCUCCCUAUUCCUGGGCCCUUGGUGGGGUGAGCUUGCCCAGGGCUGGGGGAGGGGCUUUUCCUUUUUUUCUGAAGCUCCCACCCAGUCCAUAGACGGAACUCUCCUCAGUGGGGCUCUGGCAGGUGUCAUGGGUUUGUUAGUUCUCACUGAUCCUCCUUAGACCACAACCUCUAGUGAGGCAGGGUAAAUCCAGUGCUUGCUGACAACAUCUCACACAGGGUUUGGCUGAGUACUGGACAGAGGGGCCAGCUGUCCAUAUGUGCCAGGCACUGUUCUUGGGACUUUGUACACGUGGCCUUGUCCACCCUGACCAUGGCCCAGAGCAGCCUGUCACUGUCCCCAUCACAGGCCCAGGAGAGUGAUGGAGGGAGGCGGGUGGGUGUGGUUAACUUGUUGUUGGAAAAGGGCAAGCAAACCCACCCAGUGGUGGCUGGGCCUGAGCUCCCCUGGGACCUGCGUGGCAAGAGGUGGAAGCUGCUCAUGAUUGUGACUCUACCCUGAGGAGCCUGCCCCAGAGUGACUGUAGUAUGUGCUUUCCUAUGUUAUUGGUUCCUCACCUGGCUUUCUGCAGUGGCAGCAGCAGGGGCCUGGGUCCCUAAGCUACAGGGACAGGGCUGCAGGCUGACCUGGCCACUAUUGGUCCAAGAAUGCAUAACCAGGUUUCCCUGGACUCCCAUCUUACCUAGAGGACUCUGGCAGGCAUGGCUGGCAUUCCCCACAGCAGACGCAUCCUCCAUACCAUUGGGAGUAGGAGUAGGGGAGGACAACUAGCAGCAUUCCAGGGCUGAGGGGCAGAAGCCAAAAGGAGCUUCUUCCUGAGGGCCUGGGAAGGCCUGACGGGGCCUGUGCUAAAGAAGCAGGAUGAGUGUCACAGCCCAGAGUAGAUGGGGACCUGCUGGCUCCAACCUUCAGAUUGCCCCUUGCUGCCCCAGGGUCAGGUCAGCUCUGUGUAAGGAGUGUCUGGGGCUGGGUCCUGCCCGCCCCCAGGCCAGGGGCAGGCAGUAAAGAGGGAGGAAGGGCCAUAGUGGGGGGAGGUGUUUGCUGUGGGAUGGGGGGCUCAGCCUUGGGAAGAAGAGAGGGCUGGGGCAGGCCUGGGAUGGGGCCAGGGAGGAUUUGGGCUGGGGAUGAAGUUGCAAGUGGGGGCCUGCUUCAAGGGCAGGAAGGGCAGCUCCUCUCCCUCCAGCUUCCUGCCUUCUAUUUAAAGGUUCCUUUUCAGUCUGGAAUAGUGGCCUUCCCACAUUUUUUGGUUUAUUAAAGUGUCCUUUUGUAACACA